GCGGUUUUGGCGGGAAAAUGUGUUUUUGCGGUUUUGGCGGGAAAAUGCGUUUCUGUGGUUUUGGCGGGAAAAUGUGUUUUUGCAGUUUUGGUGAAAAAAUGCGUUUUUGCGGGAAAAUUGGUUUUUCAGUUUUGGCGGGAAAUUGCGUUUUUGUGGGAAAACGAGUUUUGCAGUUUUUGCGGAAAAACUUGUUUUGUAGUUUUGGCGAAAAAACACGUUUUGGCGGAAAAACGUAUUUUGCAGUUUUGGCGGAAAAUGCAUUUUACCACCGAAUAAAUGAUUAGACUUUAGAGAAACUCAUGAUUUUCCAAUUUUAUCAAACCUUAGAAUUGGGUUUACUCAUGUUUUUUUUAAUUGAAAACAAAAUGGGUCAGAGUUGACCCAACCCAAUAAACCCAUUAACUUGUUAACCCAUUAACUUGUUAACCCAUUAACUUGUUAAUCCAUUAACCUUUUAACCCAUUAACCCAUUGGAUCAAAAAUAAACAGUUCAUUUGGGUUAAUGGGUCAACUUGGGUUGGAUCAACCCAUGGGUCAUGACCCAUUUUGACACCCCUAGCUGUAACUAUAGAAAAUUUACUUUAGAAAUUAGUCUGUAGAAUUUUUUGAUUUAACUUUAAGGGAUGUAGCUUUAAAAUUUUCUACAGCUAAAAAAAUGGGGCUUUAGAAAAUAAGAUUUUUACUACCAUUUUUUGUAUGUUUUUGCUGUAGCUUUAAUUUUUUGGUUGUAACUUUAAAAACUAAGAUAAAGCAUGAUUGGUAGUAUUUAAGGUUGUAGAUGAAAAUUAAAGCUAAAGUCACUUCCUACAACCCAACCAAUCACACCCAAUAUGAUGCAAAUACGGGCUCAGCAUGACGCAAAUAUUUUUUGGAAAAUUUUAUUAGUAGUAAAAUGAGAAAUUAAUAUUAAAAAUAUCAUUAGCAUUCCAAAAAUGUUUUAGUAAGUUGGUAAGUUCUUGCUAUGUAACACCCCCUUUUUCAGACGUUAUAUCAAUAGCAUUCCAAAAAUAUUAGUAUAAAUAACUUCCUUUUUAGGGACUUUUCCUACAUGUCAAUUAACGAAAACCAAUCUGUUAAGCCAAGUUAAACCAAACAAAUACACAUCGGACAGGAGGGUUUACUCCCGGGCCAAGAUUUACGUGGUCUAAAACGUCACGUCAUGAUUCGGACAAGCUCACAUACUCAUAAUCUUCAUUUAGGCUUAGUUGCACUACUCAAAUGAUCAAAUCGCAACCAUUAAAUUAAAAGAAAUUCUUAGUAUGAAAGCAACGGUUAAGUGUAAACCACGUGUGCUUAGCAGCAUUCGCCGCGAACACAGCUGCUGUCACAUCUUCUCCUCUCUCUCAAUAACAUCUGGAAGACUUAAGACCCGAGAAGUAAAUAAUGUCCAAACUCACUAGAAACAUACGAUCUGAAACAGUGUGUGUAACGCGACAUGAGUCAACUCGUUGCAAGGAGAGGUUUACGAGAUCUGCUUGUACACAGCAGAGUAAACUGUAACAUGUUCGCGAGGUGUGUUUCCGCCGCCUCAGUGGUUAGACGUGCAGGAGACACAAAUAAACCGACGCUAGUUCAUGACUGGUGCGGCGGCUUUGUCGGUUGCAACAUCCGUUCUGAGCAUGUGCAAGUAUACUUGAUGGGAGAUUUCAACAUGAGGUGGAGGAGGAUGUGUUCUGCGUCGGCUACCGAAAAGAAAGAUGAAAAGCCGAGGCUCGAUACGGUGAGGAAAGAUCAAGACGGCGGUGGAUCUGUGACGGUUCCGAGUUAUUGGGGAAUAGAGACGGCCAAAAUGAAGAUUGCUCGCAAAGAUGGGUCCAAAUGGCCUUGGAACUGUUUUAUGCCGUGGGAGACACAUCAAGCAGACUUAACGAUAGAUUUUAAGAAGCACCACGUUCCAAAAAAUAUGGCCGACAAAAUCGCGUACGUGAUAGUCAAGAUCCUCCGUGUUCCCACCGACAUAUUCUUUCAGAGACGUUACGGAUGCAGAGCAAUGAUGCUAGAGACAGUAGCAGCCGUACCAGGAAUGGUAGGAGGAAUGCUCCUCCACCUAAAAUCAAUCCGAAGAUUCGAACACAGCGGAGGAUGGAUCAAAGCGUUGCUAGAAGAAGCAGAGAACGAGAGGAUGCAUCUAAUGACGAUGAUGGAGUUAGUCAAACCCAAAUGGUACGAGCGUCUUCUAGUGAUACUCGUUCAAGGCGUUUUCUUCAGCUCUUUCUUCACUUGCUACGUGCUUUCGCCGCGGUUGGCUCAUCGCAUCGUUGGUUAUUUGGAAGAAGAAGCUAUACAUUCUUACACGGAGUUUCUCAAAGACAUCGAUGAUGGGAAGAUCGAGAACGUUAAGGCGCCGGCGAUAGCGAUUGAUUAUUGGAGGUUGCCGGAAGAUGCUACGUUGAAAGAUGUUGUCACUGUGAUUCGUGCUGAUGAAGCUCAUCAUCGAGAUGUCAACCAUUUUGCUUCCGACAUUCGUAAUCAAGGGAAGGAGUUGCGAGAAGCAGCAGCUCCAAUUGGUUAUCAUUAGCGACUCUAGUUUUAUAAAUCGUUUUAGAGAAUGAUGAAUGUACAAUGAUCUCGGUUAGCAUAAUGGAACUAGAAUUGUGGAAGCUUCUUGGUCAAGUAAUGCUGUACAAUUGAUAAUUCAGGUUUCCAAUUAUAGAAAAAUAAUAUGUAUCAUCAA